ACAUGACAGGUGUUUACGCGCCAAACAACAAUGGUUGCUUGCUAACGUUUGAUAAAAGUUUUUGAUGCACGUUUUUUAUUGCAAUUUACGUAUUUUCUAAACUAAAAACCGUUUUAACUGUUCAUUUAACGUUUAUUAACUUUGUUAGAGCUACAAUAUGUAGCAGUACUAUCAAGAAUUGAGUAGAAAUUGUAUCGAGUUGUGAGACUGGAUCACCGAUACGUUGAGAGUGCCGUGUCCUAUUUCAUGUUUUAUAGUUAAUUAAGGUCAGCUAUUCGGUCAUAGAAAUGGCUGCGACGACUCCUAGGCGGUCGACGCGGAUUCCGCAUACUCAUACACCGAAAAUGUCUGAGCGUAAGAAGGGGUUAUUUCAACGGGAGGAGUUACCUUCGCGGGAGUCACUGACUACGCAUAGGAAGCUGCCGGUGGUGGAUAGCGAGAGUGAUAGUGAAGAUUGUGACUUGGGAAUCAUCAGUACGUUAGAUUCCAGCUCUGACGAGAAUGACCAGAAUGUUCCCAAGACUCCUGAGAGAAGCUUGUGGCAUGAAACAAGAAGCCAGACUCGUAAGCUUCUGAAGGAAAGCAAUGAUUUGAAGAAUUUUAUCAAGUCUCCAUUCACUUUGAAGAAAUAUCAGACAAGGUAUUGUCCGGAGUCAAAAUGUUCUGGUUCAGUAUCCACUCCGGCUACUCCACACCUGAACAACCACCCUGGUACCCCAUCUUCUACGCACUCAUGUGCCAGUGUCCACACAACAUCUUCUACCUCAAGCCGGGCUCGCAAAAGCCUGGCCAGUCUCAUCGCAGACACAGAAAGCUGCAGCAGCUCUCUAAAAGACCUAAACUUUGACACCGAUUCAGGCACAGAUUCUAAGGAAAAUACACCUACAAAAUCUUUAAGGAGAUCCAAUAGAAGGAAUAAGCUGACUCCAAAAUUCCACAGCUUCAAAGGCAUACUUCUAGAACAGAAGAAAAAUGUCUCCCCAAUGAAAAACGCAGUGGUUUGCUUGACAAAAAUGGACAUGAAUAGUAUUAUAUCCCCUACACAGAUGCAGAAAACUCCUCAAACGACAGACGCGGGUCCUUCGCCCCCCAAGUUGGGACACAACCGUCGUUCCGUCAUUGAGAUUGGUGAAAGUCCUGAAUCGGCUUGUGACAGCGAAAAGAGCAACAAGAGACUACGGAACGAUAGUCUUUCGGAACACGGUCCAAAUUCUAAGUACCCUAGACUGGAAAAUGCUCCUAAAGCACGCCUGUCGUUGUUCAACAGCGACAGGCUGAAAGAAAUCUUAUCUGCUAAGUCGUUCUACGGGAAGAGCAACCCGGACCUGAAUACCAACCUAACAGCCAAGAUUUCGCAUGCGAUUGAAGCUACGACCAGCAACAGGCGUUUAAGACAUUCGCACUCUCAUAGGCGUAAGAGGAAGCCGGGACAGAUUAAUUCAGGAGUGAGACAUAGGAUCAGGAAGCCGAAGUAUAACAAGAGUAAGGUGAUGAAGUACCAGAAUGCUUCGUUGAAUAGUUCCAUGUUGAAUGACACCGUCAUUUCGAAUCCUAAUGUGACGGACGCGUCAAUGGUCAGCCAGAACUCGUCGCAGGAACUCUGUAAUGACAAAGCAGAUCCGUUUGACAAAGAGAAACAAACAAUCGAAGCCCUAUUAAGUCAAUGGACAGAGGAAGACAUUCCGGAAUCCGAACUGUCAUAUUCAAAACCCAUGCAAGAGCUACCAUGUUUCAACAGCACAGUUAUAGAAGAAACCAAACAAAUAUUCCAACCAAUCACAGCUGUGCCAGUUAACAUGGCAACACUGCCACAGGAUAACGAAGCUGUUAUUGUGGAAUUGGGUUGCCAGAAAGCAAUAACACCGCAGAAUAAUUGUCUACCGUCGACGGUAGAGCCGUUACCACAAGUGGCAUUACCACCAACGGUAGCACCUUUGACUACGUUGUCACGAGUGACGGUGCCAUCAAUAGAUCUGACUUUGCCACCUUCGGCUACGAAUGACGUGGUUAUGACAGAAGUGGACGGCCAUGCGCAGAGCCAUGGCGAGCUGCCCAAGAGUGGACAAUUUUUGCCUGUUGAAGGCGGAUAUAUCCUGGUUGAAGAGAACGCUGUGCAAGCGCAAGAAGUACUACCGGACUUGGACGAGAUCGAGCGCGAACUGAAGAUGCUGGACGAACAGAUACUCAAGAUGGCGGAGUCUAACAAUAUCAACCCUGACGCCGUGCUAGCAUCCACUGAGACCAUACCAGCAGUUGGCAAAGAUGUUCCCACGACGUCUACAGAAACUAGUGACAAGUCUGACAAACCUAAAUUGUUCCCCAUAUUUGACAAGCCCAACCCUGGCAUCGUUGUUACUGGCAACUCGAAAGGUGGAGACAAGAGUAAACGCUUGAUCAAGACUGGAGAUGACCAGUAUGUGAUAGACGCUGGACAGAAGAAGUUUGGAGCCACACAGUGCACUGAAUGUGGGACUAUCUAUCAGAUCGGUGACCCUCAAGAUGAACAUGAUCACUUGGUGCAUCACAAUGCCACUGACGUGUUGAAGUUCAAUGGUUUCAAAGACGAAUGCAUAGUGGACAGGCCGAGUCCCACAGAGCGGUGCAUCCGCAUACGAGGAGGAGAGAAUGGGUGGAAGAAAGUGGAGCAAUUACUAAACAGAGUCGUACAUCCUCACCUGGGGUAUGGGAACGAACUUCCCAAGGACCAGAUACAUGCCUUUACGGCUUACUUAUACGUAGAUAAGAAACAAAUAGUGGGUUGUUUGAUUGUGGAGCCCAAGUUGCGCGCUUACAAGCUGAUCCCUGGCGACCCUGACUGCUGCAGCGUCGAGGGCUAUUCUGUCAAAUGCGGUGUAUCCCGAAUUUGGACGCAUAUAAACCACAGGAGGCGUGGUAUUGCAGCUCGCCUAUUAUCUUGCGCUAGGGCUUCCUUCCUGUACGGUGAAGCCCUAAAAGUGACUGACAUCGCCUUUAGCGCUCCUACGGCGGCUGGCAAAGCAUUCGCGACCAAAUACUGUGGAACGUCAAACUUCUACGUAUAUUUGGAAUAAGGACAGCCAGUAUAAGUGUUAAAAUACUUUAUAGAGAGUGUAUUUGUGUUCAAUAAGUUCGGUUUGAAACUCAAACUCCAUGACGUGUAAAUAUGAAUAUGAAGUGUUUUUAAGUGAAAUUACGUGUUUUUGUUGGUAUUUAGCUUGGUUGCAGUGUGUGAAUGUAGUUUAAUAGGUUUUCUAUAGUAAUUUUGACGGUUUUUGAGGUCCUCACUCCAUUAUAGACCUUAUUACUGAUGUCUAGAGACUACUUUUGUAUGAACAAAUGUGGUGGAUUUAGAAGUGUUAAGUUUCUGUUCCAUUGUCAGUAAGAUUACAACAAUUUUCCUAUCAAAACUUGUAGUUAUUACUAUAGAAAGCCUACACUACCACUAGCCAGCUAAAAUAAUACCAGCUAAUAACAAAAUUUUCAUAAAUAUGUGUGUGAAGUGCAAAAAACAAGUCUACCUCAGUGUGUGCAAACUGGAGUGCAUUUGUGACUAUUUUUAACUUAAAUGUGUUCUAAGUUAUAACAUAAUGGACAAUAAUUAAUGCAUAGAAUGCAUUAAUAUGUAAAAUUUCGUGUUUUAUGAACUCUUUUGUUGAAUUCUUGUGUUGAUAAUGUGGCUGUAUUAUUAUACUUUGAUUUAUAUUGUGGAAAAUUACAAUGAUGUGUGAAACAAGGGCAUUAAUAGGUUUAAAAGUUACUGUAAUGCUAAAAAUGUUUCUGUAGAAAUGUUGCAAAACUGGUUCAUAUUUGUGUUUGUAUAAUACUAAAAUACGAUUUCAAUGGUAAACAGUUUUAUGAUUGCAAUAAAAAUGGUUAAAAAGUAUAAUUUUAACUGUUGUUCGUAAAAGAUUAUUAUGGUGAAAAACAAUGAUUUUAAUAAUUAACAUUUUGCAUGCCUUAUUGCUGUUUUUUGAAACUUUUUCUCGAGGAGCAUGUUUAAAAUAAUGUUUUUAUUUAAAAGACAUAAAUAUUCUAAUAAGAAUAUUAUUUUUGAUACUAUUUUCUUGUUGUUGCAUGACAAAAUUAUUGCCAAGUGAUUACUUUGGGUCCAAUUAGGUCUAUUUUAAAAUAAGCUAUAUAUUAAACCUUCAGUCAAGUGUUUGAUUUGAGUAAUUGUCCGUUGCUGUUACUAUAAUCUUUACUCAAUUUAUAAAAAAUGUAAUAUAAAUUGUACUUCGUCCGGCUAAGAGCCAAGACUAUUUGAUAGUGCAUCAAGUACUUUAUACAACUGAAAAUGUUUAGUCUCUUAGGAGUCAGUAACAAUUAUUAGAACAAUCCUAAUACAAAUAAAUUAAUUGAGAAAUAGUGCUAACUCUACUAGUUUUGUCAACUUAUAUUUAUGAGAAAAAGACGCGCAUUAUCGCUGCAUAGUCAACAGUUGACUGUAACAACCAUGUUUUUCAAUUAAUUUACUAUACCCCACGAUAGUUAUUACCGUUCUUACACAAAACACAUAAGCUAGAAUAAAACUUAGUAUAAAAGGUUCUAAGAAAUUAGAAAUAUUUAAUUUUUGAUUAAUUAUAAGACAGUGCCAAUGUUGAUUUUAAAGUCGUUAGAUUAAGUUUUACGUGCCUCAAGUAAUUUAAGUCUAUUUCUAAGUGUAAAUUUAAGAUUUUAGACGAUUUUUAACGAUUUUUGAAAAUAUUACUGUAAUUUUUGAGUUCAAUUGUGGCUUAUAAGAAUUAAUUUUGAGAUGCAUUUUUGAGAUUUCCUCAUUAAAGAGUUUUUAAUUUUGAUUUAUUUUUUAUGCUACCACUUGAUGGUCAUUCUUUACUUUUAUUCUAUUAAACCAGACAACAAAUCUUGAAUUACUACACUAGAUUAUUUUAAAACUAGCUUCACCCUGUUUCCAAUGGGAUAAAAAGUAAGUAUAUAAUAUAUCCUACUAGAUAGUCCAGCCUGUUUCAAAUUUUAUCACAGUCCGCUCAGCUGUUUUGACGCGAUUGAGUGACAUAUACACAAACUUUCGCGUUUAUAAUAUUAGUAGGAUUGUUACACAUACCUCAAUAGUUUCAAAGCAUGUUUUUACGCUUUUAUACAUGUAAGUUCAGGACAGUACGCUUAUAUUUAAGAUUUUUCAUAAGUUAGAAUAAUUUGUUAGUAGCCCCCAAAUGGGCAGGCUUGUGAAACGACUUAAUACUCUUAAUGAUUUUAUUGAAUUUGUUUGAUUGUAACUUGUCCAUGUUUAGAGCUUAGCACAGGUUUUUGUAAUUUAUAAACUGUUUUAACUCAUCAAUAUGAUGUUCUGAUUUUACUGAUAUUUCACUUAAUCUCUAUUAUAACAAUUGGGUAGUUAUCCUUGGCCAAAAUCAAAUUGAUUAGACUUCAACACUAGUAAUUCUGUCACUGAUAUUGGUCUAUUUGACGCUAAAAAUUGACGUUAAAACUCAAAUCGUACGUAAAAUUUCAUAGCAACUUUUUUCCAUUUCGAAAUGGGUAUUGAAUGGGACUAGUUGGAGAGCCCUGUUUAGUUAUCCGCAAUAGUGCCUAGAGCGCCAGGUUACACAGCGGCGCCUAUGAGAUGCUGGCCUCGGAUGCUCUAUAGGUUUAAUCCGUGGAGUGUUAGUUUAGAACGUAUAUCAACGCGAGAUACAAUGUGUUAUCUAUUGUGUCUCACAUAGACAUAGAUAGACAAGAGGUUAAUUAGCUCCUGCUCUAAUACACUUAUAUGGUAAUGUGCAAUACAUAAUUUGUCUAUAAAACUGUGCUAAGCUCUUAUUCCUUCAUUGUGUCAUCGAAUCCUAGUCUAUAUUUAUGUUAUGAUCUGAAUUUAACACCUUUUUAAUACAAUUUCUGUCACACACAUGAUUUUGAGCUAAUAAUUGUCUCUUUUUAUAAAUUUCUAGUUUUACUCACAAUACCGACUAGCCCAAAGAUAUUUCAUUCUGUAUGGCAAUGGACAUAAUAUAAAUAUUAAUAUAUUUAUAGCAACUGUUUCACUGUCUCAAACUUUUUAAAUGUUUUUGACAAAAUUCUCGUUUACUUACCGAUGUGCUCUUUUGAAAUUACACAGAAUUGUGAAUUUUGGUUUUGAUACUUAUAAUAAAAUUGAUUUUUAUUAUGAUGUUGUUUCAUUCUCUUAUUACAUUGCAUACAAAAUGCCUAGACCCUGCAUUACGAUUUAAU